AUACAGUCCUUCAUUUCUUACUCGGACUCUGCUUUCUAGUCUCCUCCUCUCCUUGAAAAAUCAUGGGUCCGUACCGAUCAUCGUCGCCGAUCAUGGCGAUCCUCCUCCUCGCCAUGUUCGCCGUGUCCUCCGCCGCCGACAUGUCGAUCAUCGCUUACGACAACAACCACGCUUCUUCCUCUGACAGCGGGAGGUCCGACGACGAGGUGAUGUCACUUUACGAGAGGUGGUUGGCCGAGCACGGCAAGGCGUACAACGGCUUGGGAGAGAAGGAGAAGCGGUUCCAGAUCUUCAAGGACAACCUCAAGUUCAUCGACGAACACAACGCUCUCAACUUGAGUUACAAGCUCGGUUUGAACAGGUUCGCCGAUCUGUCCAACGACGAGUAUCGGUCAACGUUCCUAGGGACCAAGCCCCGUGCUAUGAAUAGGUUGUCCAAGACCAAGAGCGACCGGUACGCGCCACGUGUCGGCGAUCAGUUGCCUGACUCUGUUGAUUGGAGGAAGGAAGGCGCCGUCACCGCUGUCAAAGACCAGGGCCAGUGUGGGAGUUGCUGGGCAUUCUCAACAAUCUGUGCUGUGGAAGGAAUCAAUAAGAUUGUGACUGGCGAUCUUAUCUCACUAUCUGAGCAAGAGCUGGUCGACUGUGAUAAAACUUACAAUGAAGGAUGCAAUGGAGGUCUCAUGGACUAUGCCUUUGAGUUCAUCAUUAACAAUGGUGGCAUUGACAGCGAAGAUGACUAUCCUUACAAAGGAUAUGAUUCCACAUGUGACACCUACAGGAAAAAUGCCAGGGUGGUUUCAAUUGAUUCUUAUGAAGAUGUUCCCACAUACGAUGAGAAAGCAUUGAAAAAGGCUGUUGCCAAUCAGCCAAUUGCUGUUGCUAUUGAAGGAGGAGGCAGGGAAUUCCAGUUAUAUUCAUCAGGUGUGUUUACUGGACGGUGUGGGACAGCACUAGACCAUGGUGUUGCUGUUGUUGGAUAUGGCACAGAACAUGGAAGUGAUUACUGGAUUGUGAGGAAUUCAUGGGGUGACAGCUGGGGAGAGUCAGGUUACAUCAGAAUGGAGCGUAAUCUAGGUAACUCCGCAACCGGGAAAUGUGGAAUUGCAAUGGAGCCUUCUUACCCAGUCAAGAUAGGACAGAAUCCCCCUAACCCUGGUCCAUCCCCUCCAUCGCCAAUAAAACCUCCUCAGGUUUGUGACAACUACUUCUCCUGCCCCGAGAGCAACACCUGCUGCUGUAUCUAUCAGUAUCAAAACUACUGCUUUGCUUGGGGAUGCUGUCCUCUUGAAGGCGCCACCUGCUGUGAUGACCAUUACAGUUGCUGCCCAUCAGACUACCCCGUCUGCAAUGUCAAUGCAGGAACCUGUCAGCUGAGCAAGGGCAAUCCAAUGAGUGUGAAGGCAUUGAAGCGCACACCGGCUAAAGCUCACUGGACUUUGGGAGGUGGUGCCAAGCACAGCAGUUCUUAAGCAAAAUACUCGGCCCUUUCUACAGUCGUAACAGGGCGAGGAGGGAAGAGAAAUCAGAGCUUGCUUGAUCUUCUCCUUCUUUGCAUAGCGUACAGCUUACUCCUCAAAUCCACCGUUUAGAUUCCAAGAAGUGGAUGGUCUUUUAUGGAUUAUUUCAGACGCUGAUCUAUCUGUAUAUACUAGUCUAUUUAUAUGUUGCAUUUGAGUUCAAAGAAAAGACAAACAAGAUUGUUGUCAGCUACCAAUAUGCUUUGUAUAUUCAGAAACUAAUUUGGCAUUAUUGGCUUUUUAUAAAAGUGCUUCAUUCCAAUACUGUCU